GCCCCACUGUACCCAGCAAAUGUUUCCACAUUCAUCCAUUAAUGAAUAUUCCACAGACUUAAGAAACCAGAAGUUGUGUUUUUUUAUAUGUUCAGAGACACAAAGACAGACUCAUCAUCCGGACAACAUGAAGGCUCCGUCUGUCUCUCUGCUCCUCGGCCCGGCUGUGCUGCUGUUUGGACUGCCUGUGUCUGCAGUCUUUCUUAACGUCAGUCCAAACCAUCAGGUGUUCUUUAAAAGAGACUCUGUCUCUCUGAGUUGUGUUGAAGAUGGACAGACAGUGGAUGGAUGGACGGUGAAGAGGACAGCAGGAGGACUGACACAGACCUGUGGUGGAGGUCAACAAGACUUUGGGAGAUUGAAUGGUUCCUCCUGCAACAUCUCAACUCUCUUUCCAUCCGACAAUGGAGUUUACUGGUGUGAAAAUAGAGCUGGACAGAGGAGCGUCCAGGUCAGCAUCAGUGUAUCAGAUCGUUCUGUGAUCCUGGAGUUGCCCAAACAUCCUGUGACUGUAGGAAGUCAAGUCACUCUGCACUGUAAAACCAGAGAAAGUUACACACAAACAGUGUACUUCUUCAGGAAUGAGAGCUUCCUUGGCACUGGACAAACGGGAGAGUUUACCAUUAGUGAUGUCCAGCCGUCCCAUGAAGGUCUCUACUGGUGUUCUACUGGUCUGUUGUCAGGAUCGUUGAAGAGCUGGCUGAGUGUCAGAGAUCCAGAUCCAGAUUCUGCUAGUCCUCUGUCUGUGGUCAGGCUGCUCUGCCAUCUACUGGUCGUCUGUCCGUUCUGCAUUUCUACCAUCCUCGUGGUGUCUAUCUACUGCAGCAAGAGGACAGAAAACAAACCAUCCAUUUUCAUGGAGAUGGACCGCAGUGUUGAAGGCGGUCUGAGACUGGCUGAAGAGCAUGAUGUCGCUGCUGGUGUCACCACUGAGCACGCUUUAUGAACUGAAGAGGCUGUGCUGUUUGUGUCAUGUGUCAACAGGCUCGUGCUUUGCUGUCUGCUAACAUGCUCACAAUGACAAUGCUAACAUCUUUUGCAGGUAUAGAGGGCGCCAUGUUCACCAUCUUAGUUUAGUGAGUUAGCAUGCAAACAUUUGCAAAUUAACACUCAACACA